AACAAAACAAACAACAAAACUACAACAAUGAGUGCUCAUUUAGGUCUUAGAGUGUACAUUUCUAUCCAGUUUUGUAUAUGAUGAUUCACUGAAAUUAGUGCUUUUACCCUGCAAGUGGUCACAUAAACAUAAACAUAAACAACAACAACAACAACAACAACGACGACGUUAGGUUGUGUUAUGUUAUUUACAAGACAGAAAGCACAGUGUCCACUGUGUGGAUGUGUCGAUGCUCGGCCCACGCGCUGCACUAGCGCACACUAGCUUUUUGAAGCACACUUACCCGGUUCCUCCUGCACUGCGCGCGCCAUUGCGCACUUUCAUUUCUUCCCGAGACUUUAUUUCACACAUAGUGUCUUCAGCGUCGAGGUUUCACAGAGAACCUAAUUCGCAACCCAAACGGCCCCGAAAUCCCCUCGGGGAACACGGUGAAGGAAGGGAAGGGGGGUCGGUCGGUGUGAUGGGGGGAGUGUUGAGAGGAGAGGAGAGGAGAAGCAGGUCAGUCAGUGAGCGGAUCGGGCGCUGAGCGGCAGCACUGCACCUCCAACACAGCGCGCCAGGACCGUUACCACAUCCACCUCUCUCUCUCUCUCUCUCUCUCUCUCUCCUAUUCUCUCUCUCUCUAUCUCUAUCUCUUUCUGUGUGUGUGUGUGUGUGUGUGUGUGUGUGUGUGUGUAAGUGUGUCCGUGCACAGUUUACCCCCUCAUCGAUACGUGCAACUGAUACUACCGGGGAAAUCUCGACCUCACACGGCGAUCGUCUCGGCUGUGUGUGCGCGCCGCAAACUUUUUUCCUCGCAUGCUCCUCGGCUCGCUCUGCGCCUGGCACGGACCACGCAAAAAAAAAAGUUUCUCUUGUGCGGGAUAAAAGGACGCCCAGGAUCUGCCAAGGAAUUACUUUAUACACCGACGAGCCCAAUCGAGCUUGAAUUGCCGGCAAGAGGCACCCAUUCUAAGUAUAAAGGACGGACCCAAUCGGCACCAUACUCCCCAUACCGUUCCCCCCCGCUCUUUUCUCUCCACCCCUUCCCCCUGCCCCACUGAGCUCUCCGCUCACCCCUCCUCCUCCUCAACCGACACCCCCGACCAAGAUGGACCUUCACCACCGAGCCGCCUUCAAGAUGGAGAGCUCCUCGUACCUCCCUGGCCCAUUGGCGUCACCAGCUCUGAUGGUGCUGGCGUCGACGGCCGAUGCCAGCCGUGAUGCCUCGGCACCGUGCCAGCAGCCACGGCCGUUUGGCGCACCCGUCUCCGUCUCCGACAAGGACGUGCACCUACCGUUCGCCAACGGCUCCUACGCCUUCGCUUCCGUCUACCACCGGCAACCUGGUUUCGGUGGCCGUGACUUUGCGCCAUCUCUCCUGCACCUGCACCACCAGUUUGCGCCACCUGGUCUGGACUGUCCACCAUCCAUUGGUGUGCUCAACCACGGUGCUGUCGGAGCUUUCCGGCCUUUCGCGUCGCCACCAGAAGAGCGCGAUUCGGCCUCAGGUGCCUACCAAUCAGCUUUCACUCCAGCAAAGCGCCUCAAGGGCUGCCUGGAGGCAGAAGCCUCUCCGCACCUGCGCUACUCAGAUGCCGAGGGUAAAGAGUACGACUACGGUGGUGCCCACGUGCCCUCAGGCUCGCCCGGUGCCCUCAAGGCCGUAGAGGAUGCCGGAAAGAAAAUCUUCGCCGUCUCUGGCCUGCUGUCCGACCGUGAGGCCUCGUCCAGCCCAGAGGACCGCAUUGAACGCUGCAAGAAGAAGGUGUCUCUGUAUGACAGCCAGGCUCCCAUCUGCCCUAUCUGCCAGGUUCUGCUGCGUCCUGGAGAGCUGCAGGAGCACAUGGAGCAGGAGAUGGAGAGGCUCACCCAUUUGCACAUCAGUAAGAACCCAUCACCGAAGGAUCUCAGCACAGCACCCGGCACACCCAAGUCUCUCCUGUUGUCAGUGCACAUCAAGCGUGAGGGAGAGUCUCCAGUAAUCUCGCCGCUGUCCUCCGACGACCCGCACCAUUCUGACAGAUACCAGACAUUUUUGCGAGUGCGGGCAAACAGACAAACACGACUGAAUGUCGGUGACCUCUGCUGGCGCAGGCGUUACGGCAAGGACGUGCCCCGAGACGUGCCCCUAGCUCCCUACUGCCUACACGACGCUCGGAUCGGCAAGCUGAAGCGGCGGAAGCCGGAGGAUGGACAGGUAUGUCCGCUGUGCAGCGCUCCGCUGGAAGGAACAGUUGAGGAAAUGAAUAGGCAUGUGGAAGAGUGUCUGUUAAAGAGGGAGGGCGGCAUGGACGACGACCAGGCCGAUAUGGAUGGCGAGAACGGCACCCGCUUCGAAGAGUACGAGUGGUGCGGCCAGAAGCGGAUCCGAGCCACCUCUCUGCUAGAGGGAGGCUUCAGAGGAACAGGCUUCGCGAUGUGCAGCACAAAAGAGAGCCAUGACAGCGAUGCCGACCUGGACGUGGACGGAGACGACACACUGGAGUACGGCAAAGCACACAGGUACACUGAAGCAGAUAUCAUUCCCUGCUCCGGAGAAGACCAAGGGGAGACCAAAGAACGCGAGGCGCUCCGUGGAGCCGUCUUAAACGGAGGCAUGCCGUCCAAUAGGAUAACGCCGGAGUUCUCGAAGUGGGCUAGCGACGAAAUGCCAUCCACCAGCAACGGUGAGAGCAGCAAGCUGGAUGCCAGCUCCGCAUCGACGUCCAGCAUGCCCAGGACCUGCAAAAACAGUGAGAUCGAGAAAAUCACAGAGGAUUCCACAGGCACCACACUGGACGCUCUGAAGGCCCGCAUCCGAGAGCUGGAGAAGCAGAUCCUCAGAGGAGACCGAUACAAGUGUCUGAUCUGCAUGGACUCCUACACAGCGCCCCUCACCUCCAUCCAGUGUUGGCAUGUCCACUGUGAAGAAUGCUGGCUUAGGACUCUGGGAAAUAAGAAACUGUGUCCACAGUGCAACACCAUCACAUCACCAGGAGACCUCCGACGCGUGUAUUUGUGAACGAGUCACCGUCAGCGUCCAGAUUCUUCCCCCUUUAACCUUUUUUUUUGUUGUUUUUUUUGUUUGUUUGUUUGUUUUUCGGGUCAGUUCUGUUCUGGUGGAUUUCCGUUUCCUUGUCCAGACUGAGAGUCUUGUGCCGAUAUUAACAAGGAGCAUCUGAUGUAGCAGCAAACUGCACAGGGACUUGUAAGGACUAUGUACAGACUCAGUACUUCCCUGUAAGUGAGAAGCUCCUCCCACUUCUUGCCCAGCCUCUGACUCUGCCCCCUUGUGGUGCUCCAUGUUAUGGUGCAGGUCCAUAAACGCUGCUGCCCACUUCCCCGCUUCGCUUUGACACACGUCCUCUGUCUGCUACGAUGGAGUGUGUGUUCGUGUGUGUCUGUGUGUGCAUGUUGGUGGGAUCUCUCUCUCAGCAAGGCCACAGAGUUAGUCUUCAGCCGAGACAGCCCUCCAUCCCGGCAGGGACUUGAGGAAAAAAAAAAAACAAUAAAAAAAACUGAUAAUAGUUUAGCCUCCACCCUUCUGGCCCUUCCAUCCCGUUCUUCAAACUGUCAUUGUGUUCUCUCUCUCUCUCUCGCUCUUGCUCUCUCGCUCUCUCUCCCCCUCUCAAAUUUUCACUUCUUUUGUGGUGUUCUAGUGACGUCAACCAAAUUCAAUGAACCAGUGCAAGCACAUGUAUUAUAGUCUUGUAUGUUUACGGUGUUGUGAGUAAAUGACAUAGAGAACACACUUGUAUACACACGCAUAACAUGCGCACACACUCAAAAAAACAAAACGAAAAAAAAAGAAAAAAAGACAAGUAUAUAUUGCUAAAGUCCAGUUUUAGUUGGG